AGUCUAAUUGGGCUCGUUCUGUGGCUAGAGCUCCAUGUGAAAGGAUGCCUGCUUGCUAUUGAUAAACUACCAGUGGAUGUCGUUGUUUUCGCUCCCUGUGUGUGUGCAGUGACACUCUCCGUCAGGGCACAGGAUGACCUCGAGCUAGCAGGAGUUGUUCACGUCAUUCACUUUCUAUGCAGACACAAGGCGUAGAGACAGAGUCCCAAAGGAAAGGGAGACUCUCCUUGAUACAGGGGCUACGGGAAUGACGGAUGAACGCGGUAGAAAGCGCUUUCCCAGCUGAAGAAAGGGGCAUCGGUUUUUGCAUUGUUCUGCUUUCAAUCAAAGCGUUUUUUUUUCAAAACAGGAUCCUUCGUCACGGAAAUCGAGGCAGCACUGUCAAGGCAGAACAAAAUGUUGUGGAGUUUCUGGGAGUUUGUGUGCGUUUUUGCGGGUUUCGGUUGCCUGGCGGAGGGAGUCCGUGGGGGUUAUGGCAUGAGCAUGUUUGCAGCCCAGCAGACGCCCCCCGACCCCUGCUACGACGAGAACAGCAGCCCGAGGCGUUGUAUCCCCGACUUCGUCAACUCGGCAUUCGGCAAAGAAGUGAAAGUAUCCAGCACUUGCGGUAACCCCCCGUCCAGGUACUGCGUGGUGACCGAGAAGGGGGACGAGCGCUUCAGGAACUGUCAUAUCUGCGAUGCCAUGGACCCCAAAAAGGCUCACCCGCCAGCCUACCUGACCGAUCUCAACAACCCCCACAACCUGACAUGCUGGCAAUCGGAGAACUAUAUCCAGUACCCCCAGAAUGUCACCCUCACCCUCUCGCUAGGCAAGAAAUUCGAAGUCACGUACGUGAGCCUCCAAUUCUGCUCGCCGCGUCCCGAGUCGAUGGUCAUCUACAAAUCCAUGGACUACGGCAAAUCUUGGGUCCCCUUUCAGUUCUACUCGACCCAGUGCAGAAAAAUGUACAACAAGCCCAACAAGGCUGUGAUCACCAAGCAGAACGAGCAGGAGGCGAUCUGCACCGACUCCCACACUGACAUGCAUCCAUUCACUGGGGGCUUGAUCGCUUUCAGCACCUUGGACGGUCGCCCCUCGGCUCACGAUUUUGACAACAGCCCUGUCCUCCAAGACUGGGUGACCGCCACCGACAUCAAAGUGGCCUUCAGCCGCCUCCAUACCCUCGGGGAUGAGAAUGAAGACGAUUCGGAGCUCGCCCGCGAGUCCUAUUAUUACGCCGUCUCCGAUCUGCAGGUUGGAGGCCGUUGCAAGUGCAACGGUCACGCUUCCCGGUGCAUCAAGGACCGGGACAGUAACCUGGUUUGUGACUGCAAGCACAACACCGCUGGCCCGGAGUGCGACAGAUGUAAACCUUUCCACUAUGAUCGACCCUGGCAAAGGGCCACCGCCAGAGAGUCCAACGAGUGUGUGGCUUGCAACUGUAACCUCCAUGCACGACGGUGCCGUUUUAAUAUGGAACUCUUCAAACUUUCUGGUCGGAAGAGUGGAGGAGUCUGUUUAAACUGCCGUCACAACACAGCAGGACGCCACUGCCACUACUGCAAGGAAGGCUACUAUCGUGACAUGACCAAACCCAUCACUCACAGAAAGGCAUGCAAAGCAUGCGAUUGCCAUCCGGUGGGUGCAGCUGGCAAGACCUGUAACCAAACAACAGGUCAAUGUCCCUGUAAAGAUGGUGUGACCGGCAUCACAUGCAACAGAUGUGCGAAAGGUUAUCAGCAAAGCCGAUCUCCCAUUGCCCCUUGCAUAAAAAUUCCAGUGGUCCCACCUACCACUGCUGCUAGCAGCACAGAGGAAUCUGCCGUUCGGUAUAGCCAGCAAAGAAAAAAUAUCAAGCAACUAUCGGUUUGA